AUGGCUGCCCCGAGAGAUUCCCCCAGCAAGGCGGCGAUACCGGUAGAACUCCUGAAAGUCGAGGCCGCAUUUUUAAAGCGUGCGAUUACAUCCUCAUCCGACAAGCGAUCUAAGGGACAAGGCGCCCCCAGCUACAAGCGCGAUGUGAUGUAUGCAGCAAGUAAGCAUCAUCUGGGUGUUCACUAUUCAUUCGGCGGCCGAUGCUCGUGCUGCUUGAUUUCGUACCAUAUCACGAAUAAAGAGAUUAGCAGCUGCGGCGGGCGUGGUGGUUUCUACGGCCCGGCAACCAUAGGUCACCUGAGAUAUCAAUUCACAUUGCAGCGGGAGAUGGCAAAACGCGGCCAGGACUUCUCGAUAUUCUCCCUGACCUAUACGCUCUCGCCCGGCGCGACACAUCCGACGCAGCUCAAACAGGCAGCCCUGGCGCUGAACUACCUCCUCGUCGACGAGCACCGCGAUCCGUCAACCAUAUUGCUCGGCGGAGACUCAGCCGGCGGGAACCUGGCCGCAGCGCUGUUGGAGCAUAUCGCUCGACCGCACCCCCAGGUUCCACCAGUCACGCUCUCGCGACCCUUGCAUGCCGCCCUCUUGAUAUCGCCCUGGAUCUCGUUUCAACUCAACGAUCCAUCAGUUGCAAGCAACGCCGAGUCUGACUACCUCACCCCAAGGGCACUGACACGGGCAUCCAACGCGUACAUACCACCCGGGGGCGAGCAUGACCAUUACUCGCAGCCCGCGACUGCACCUGUUGAGUGGUGGUCUGACAUCGCCCGCAGCGUGGUGGAUAAGAUGAUGAUUUGGGGAGGUGGAGGUGAAGUUCUGAUUGAUGUGAUACGGAGUUUCGCCGCUACGGUUAAGAAUGGUUUCUCCGAGGCUGAUGCGGAAAGGGUCAGCCGGGACGAGCAGAAAGGUACUGACAGGUUUACCUUUGUCGUUACACCUAAGCAUGCGCAUGAGGAAAUGAUCAUCGAUGAGGUGUUCUUCAGAAUCAAGAAAGGGGAAGGGGCGGAGGUAAUUGAAAGGUGGCUGUCUGGUGUGCUAAAGCUGCUAUAA